ACAGGUUGGUGUCGUGUUGGCGCGGCUUUCAAUUCUUUCUCCGUAGCGGUGUCUUCGGUCUUACGAUUCUUUCUCCGUAGCGGUAUCUUCGGUUUUAGGUGCGCGUUUUCCGGGUGCGAUGCUGUUGCAACGGGCGUCCUUCUUGCUCCUGUGGGCUGUGCUGGAAUCCUUGGUGCCGAGGGGUCUGUGCGGCUGCUCCAGACACUCUUUGUACUAUUCCUACCUGAAGAUAUCAGAGUCCAGCCAGGGGCUGCCCCAGUUCCUCUCCGUGAUCCACCUGGAUGAUACUUCCGUUGCUCGAUAUGACAUCCUCAAUAGGAAGACAGUUCCUUUGGUGCCCUGGAUAGAGGCGAUGGAGGUGAAGAUACCUGAGAGGAUGUUCAGAGCUGACCUGGACUGGUUAUCAAAACUCAACCCCCAGACUGGAGGGCUUCACACCUGGCAGGUGGUUUUGGGCUGUGAGCUCAGGGAAGACAGGAGCAAAGGAGGGUUUUUUCACUACGGCUACGAUGGGAUGGACUUCAUCAGCUUCGAUAAGGAGACCCUCAGAUGGGUGGCAGCUCAGCCCCAGGCUGAGAAGGUGAAGGAGAAGUGGGAGGAUCAUCCAAGGCAGUCCCAGGAAAAUAAAGUCUUCUUGGAGGAGACCUGCAUUGAGUGGCUGCAGACAUACGUGUCCUACCAGAAGGAGGCUCUGAACAAGACAGAGCCCCCAGUGGGGAAGGUGACCCGUAAGGUGGUCGAUGACAGCCUCGAAACCCUCAUCUGCCAGGCCUUUGGCUUCUACCCCAAGGAGAUCCAGGCCAUCUGGACGAGGGACGGAGAGGUCUGUGAAUACGAGACCCUCCCUAGGAAUGUGGCCCCCAACUCAGAUGGGACCUAUUAUGUCUGGCUCAGCAUUGAGAUCGACCCCAAGGAGAGGGACCGUUUUCGGUGUCACCUGGAGCACGAGGGCUUGCAGGAGCCCCUGGUCUUGGCAUGGGAAGAGAAAACAGGUGAGAGGCUCAGCAUUUGCAAUAUGUCACCUCCUGAUGUGAGGUUACUUGGUUUUCUGGCAGCUGUGAUGAUCAUAAUCCCAGGAGCCCUGAUUCUCUUACUGAGCCUCUGCAGGCUGAUCUACGGGAAGAAACUCCAGCAGGCAGUGAAAACUCACCUUGAUGACCUUCCUUUAGAAAAAGUUUCUUCCUCCUCUACUUAUGGCACUGAAGAUGAGAUUCAAUCAGACGCGAUGCUCCCAUCCAAAACGACAUCAGAGGGUUGCUGUGGGCAGAAGACAGAGCUAAGGGAAGGAAAGAAAACACCUCUGAGGGCUUCUCCAGAUGCCAGUUCAGACAACGUGGAAGAGCCAACCCUGGAGACUUCAGAGGGGAGUCUAGAGGAACAUCUAGAAGAUGCCGAGGCCACCAAGCCAGGAAUCGAAGGGCUGGAGUUCCUUCAGAGGAACAAGCGGAUGAGCACCUGGCUGGAGAGGAAAGGGGAGAGAGAGAGAGACGCAGCUGCAACUGGAGGAUUCACACACAGACCCAGCCAGAAGCCCAGGAUGGAGAAGGAUUGCAGCUGCAGCUGA